AGGAGACGCGAUGGGCCGGCUGGGCUGCUGUGCGCUGCUGUGCGCGUGGGCCUUGGCCUUAGGAAAUGGAUGUAAUUAUUCAAGCACAAUCCCUGAUUUUGGUACUAUUUACCAUGUCAAAGGAGUUAUCAACCUCCCUUAUGCUGAAAUUGAAGAGCCCUUUGAAGCUUGGUACAACCUCACUGGAAACAAGAGUCGCAUCGAGUACUAUGAUGGCCAAGUGGUGACCUUACAGCUGGGGUGUGUGGAACCGUAUGGGACCAUGUUCAAGAUAACACCAGCAACCACAGAAAAGGUGGUGAAUACUGAGAAGUGCUUCCAGCUAAAUGGCACCAAAGACAACCACGUGAGCGCCCAAGGAGUCUUUCCCGACUUGACAAACUUCAAGCCUGUAAGGGAAGAGUACUACAAAGGCCAGUACUGCAAUGUCUGGCAGAACGUAUCCUACUGGGGCCACAAGAAGAAUGUCUACACCAUGUGGGUCACCAACACCAGCUGUGGUGUGUCACCUGUGCACUACGAGAUGAGAGGCUUCAACACUUUGCUGGGGUCCCACUAUGACAAAUACGAAAUCGAUUACACCGAUUUCUCCAACAGCUUCCCAGCGUCCGUCUUUGUUCUGAAGCCUAACGAAACAAAGGUGUGCGAUGAAUUGCCGGGCGACUCUGCGGAGCACCACAUCAUGGCAAACCCCAUGGCUGACUUUGUCGGGGGCCAGGAGGACCGGGCCCACCGGUUGUUCCACCAUUACAGGAAGCGGUUUGGGAAGAACUACGACACGGAGCGGGAGAUGGAGCACCGGAAGCACACCUUCACCCACAACAUGCGGUUUGUCCACUCCAAGAACCGAGCCAACCUCCCCUUCAAGAUGGCCCUGAACCACUUGGCUGACCUCACACAGGAGGAGAUCGCCGUGAUGAGGGGGAAACUCAAGAGCACAGCACCCAACAACGGGCUGCCUUUCCCCGAGGAGUCGUAUGUGGGCCUCAUCCUGCCAGAGAGCUUGGACUGGCGACUCUAUGGUGCAGUGACUCCAGUCAAAGAUCAGGCCGUGUGUGGUUCCUGCUGGAGCUUUUCUAGCACGGGAGCCCUGGAAGGGUCUUUGUUCCUCAAGACCGGGCAGCUCAUUCCGCUGUCCCAGCAAAUCCUCAUCGACUGCUCCUGGGGCUUCGGCAACUAUGCCUGUGACGGUGGCGAGGAGUGGCAGGCGUUCGAGUGGGUUCUGAAACAUGGCGGCAUUGCCAGCACGGAGUCCUACGGACCCUAUAAAGGACAAAAUGGCUACUGUCAUAGCAACAAGACGCAGCUUGUGGGCAAACUCUCAGGCUAUGUCAACGUCACCUCUGGGAACAUCACAGCACUGAAGACGGCCAUCUUCAAACACGGCCCUGUCUCUGUCAGCAUCGACGCUUCCCACAGAACCUUCUCUUUCUACUCCAACGGCGUCUACUAUGAGCCCAAAUGCAAAAACAAGAGGGGUGAACUGGACCAUGCCGUCCUCGCAGUUGGCUAUGGUGUACUCCAGGGAGAGCUGUACUGGCUGAUCAAAAACUCUUGGUCCACCUACUGGGGCAACGAUGGCUACAUCCUCAUGUCCAUGAAAGACAACAAUUGUGGCGUAGCUACUGAUGCCACCUUCCCACUUAUGUCAUGACCAGACCCUGCCAUGGCGAGCUCCUUUGGGCAAUUGCAAAGAUGAUCCAGUGCCAAUUUUUCUUCCCACGGAAAUCAACAUUCCCUCAAAACUGUCAAAUGUCUUUUACAUAUUCAUGUGCUGGAAUCUUAGUCACAGAACCAGAAGAGACUCAGGGAAUUCUUUCUUAGCUUUUUAAUUGAUUUUUUUCUCCUUUUAAGUUAUUUUCUACUUGCUACCUUGUAAGCUGGUUUGUGAUGGCUGUUUUGCUACUAAAAGUGGAAAAUAAAUACCAAAACAAACAUA